AUGGAUCCCAACGCAACGGACCUUGAGACAGCGGAUCUUGUAUUACAAACUUCCCUACAGGAGGUUCGUGAUGAGAAACUUGCUCUUUUACACUCGGGAGCCGAGCUUCGAGGACGAAUGAGGGCCCAACAGGACCUUCGAGCGGCCCUACGGAUUUCGAGAAAAUCACGUCUCGAUCAGGCCGCCAUUCUUCAAGACAUCCAUGAUCGCGAGGUAAAUGAAGCGCCGGCAGCUCAUGGUCAACCACAAGAACCUCAACUGCAACAAUCUCGUGGCACAUCGGGCUUGAUUCUCAACUCAGAUGUUCAGACUCAAACUCGCAAGCGAGUGUAUACUACGACUCCUGUGACGGUGCCUCCUUCUGAUGUCUUGCGGGAGUGCGUUGCCUGCUCGGAAAGUUAUCCCGGGUCCGGUAUGAUUCGGAACAGUUGCUCACAUGUUUACUGCCAAGGAUGUGUCACCCACCUCCUGCAAAAUUCACUAGCCGACGAAAGCUUGUUUCCACCUCGUUGUUGCCGGCUACCUUUGCCAUUGGAAGCUGCGCGGGGUAUCAUCGAUGCUGACCUAUUGAGCAUGGAGAUAAAGCGUCAUACUUAUUGCUCAGAUCCGGCUUGUUCUCGGUACAUUCUCCCAUCACAUGUCGGUGUAUGCAAUCGACAAAGUUGUAUCCUCCGCAAGAAGGUCACUCAUCAGGGAGAACGUGUUGAUGACCGCGUAGAGGUCCUAAAACUCGGAAAAGCGAAAGGAUGGCAAAGAUGCUUGAAUUGCAGUCAUCUUGUUGAGCUUCGUAGCGGCUGCAACCAUCUCACAUGCCGUUGCCGACAUGAAUUUUGUUACGUUUGCUCUACACCAUGGGAGCAGUGCGAAUGUGCUCAUUGGGAUGAGGCCAUGCUUCAAGAGCGAGCAAAGCUGAUUGCGGCUCGGAACCAGCCCACUCCUCCUGUACCACAGAUUGUUCAGCGAGCAGCUCAGUUCUUAAUUGAGCAGCAUGAUUGCUAUCAUGAUGGGGCGUGGAAAAAGCUCGGGAUCUCUGCCGAAUGCGAGGAAUGUGGCGGCUUGAUGCCCGAUUACAUUUUCGAAUUCAGGCAUUGUGGGCUCCAAGCCUGCAAUUCCUGUCGGAUACAUAGGUUCUGA